GUGUGUGUGUGUGUGUGUGUGUGUGUGUGUGUGAUGGGGGGUCCCCAUGGGGGCUUCCAUGGGCUCAUGCCAGGCCACGAGGAGUCCACAGGUGUCUGUGCUGGUAUGUGACGAUCAGGAUCCACCCCGGCUGUGCCAUGGUGCUCCAGGCCCUGAGGUUUCUUUUAAGGAAGGUUAUAAGCCUUGUGACCUGCGUUUAGCGUUGUAAACGGCACGUAGCCGAAGCAGUGGUGUCUGCCUGAGUCUGCAGGUAGCCUGAAACUGCACCUCUGAGAUGUGUGUGAUCUGGCCUGUGGUCAACGGUUGAAACCUAAAGAUAACUGCUUAACGGGAACCGUUGCUAACUCUUUUGCUGCUACUGGUUGUGUUAGAAACAUGCAGUUAAUGGGGCAGCUGGUUGCUGGGUUAUGAAAGUUGGGGUUGGAGACUCCCCCUAAUCUUAAAAAUCCCCUCUGUGUGCAUCUGCAAAUGGAAAAGAGAGAAGUGCCACCCCAGCUACUUAAAUGCUCAACUGCUAUCUAGAAUCAUAGAAUAUCAGGGUUGGAAGGGACCUCAGGAGGUCAUCUAGUCCAACCCCCUGCUCAGAGCAGGACCAAUUACCAGACAGAUUUUUGCCCUAGAUCCCUAAAUGGCCCCCUCAAGGAUUGAACGCACAACCCUGGGUUUAGUAGGCCAAUGCUCAAACCACUGAGCUAUCCUUUCUCCUCAUAUUUAAUGACAGCAAAUCUUUAAUUUAGGGGGAGGGAUAGCUCAGUGGUUUGAGCAUUGGCCUGCUAAACCAAGGGUUGUGAGCUCAAUCCUUGAGGGGGCAAUUUGGGGAUUGGUCCUGCUUUGAGCAGGGGAGUUGGAUUAGGUCCUGAGGUCCCUUCCAACCCUAUAAUUCUAUGAGAGGAUGCCUUAAAGGCAAGCAUUUAAGAAAAAAAAAAUUCUUGAGGGGGCCACUUAGGGGUCUGGGGCAAAAAUCAGUACUUAGUCCUGCUAGCAAAGGCAGGGAGCUGGACUCGAUGACCUUUCAAGGUCCCUUUCAGUUCUAGGAGAUAGGUAUAUCUCCAGUUAUUUAUUUUAUUUAAUUUAUAUCUUGCUCGAAGUUGCUGCAGAAUUGCUAGUCUUCCACAACAAAGGGCUACAACAUGGACUCCUUUUCUGUCCUAAUAUACACAGAAUUCUGCUUACAAUUAUACCUUCAGUUAUAUCUCAUUAAAACAUAAUAGUGGAUUGAAAAAUAAAAAGAAGUCCGUCUCCCUUCAGAAAUUCUGCAGGUCUGAAAGUAAAAUCCCUGAAGAUUUCUACUGCCUGUACUGAAAUGUGUCUUCCACUUGUGGCGUGCUGUUCAUGAGAGAAACGGAAUCCUGUCUGGUCCCAGUACAUCGGAUUGUUCCAUGAAUUGCAUUUCUAGAUGCUCCCAUCUCUGUGUUGUCUAACUGCUGAAUUUGUUGCAAGUGUCAGAAUUUUAUCACUUCUGGUAAAUCAGCAGUGCUGCAUGGCUCUGGGAGGCUUGGGGAAAAGGAAAUCAGGAAAGUGAAGAUAAUGAAUUUUACCUAGUGUCCAAAGGCCUGUUUCUGUGGGCUUGAAUCUGAUUAAGGCCCUGUCUUCUGAGCUGGCAUUUGAAAGCUGUGUAUAAAACAGUAGCAAAAAUGAACAAUAAAGUGGGCUAUUUGCUAAGGACAAUCAGACAUUUGCAUGUAUGUGGUUCUGAACUGGGUCCCAGCUUUAGAACUGCAAUGAGGACAUACACGUUAGGGAUCAGUAGACGUAAGAGUGCCAUACAAAGUGUGAACCUGAGAAGAUUCCUGUUAAAUGUUCCUCCUUGGCGGCUUGAAUCAUCUCUCCGAUUGCUGUCUCAGAAGGUGCCUGUUUAUAGUAAAGAAGAUGGCACUGUACAAGAACAGAAUGCUACAAAGACUCUAUUAGAUGAACAUGUGCAAAGUUCAUCUAGUGCCUUGGACCCUCUAGAAGAAGAUAGAAGUGUUGUUGAAGAGAAUCUGGUAGUGAAGAGUGGAAGGAGUCAGCUACAGCAGUUCUUUGAUGACCUUAAAAAAUGCACAUCUCCCUGUGAUGUAUUAGACCUAGUUUCAAAGUCUGCUAUUUCUGAGAAGCAUUGUAGUAACUGUUUUACUACUAUGUGGAUGCUCACCAAAAAGCUGUCCGAAGACCAGAAGCAUUAUGAAAAACAACUGAUGGUCGAGCAUCCUGCAUUUAUGCAGCUAUGUCAGCGUCUGAUGCAAGAGUCUAGGAGCAUGUGGUGUGACGACUUGGUAUACAGUCUACAUGCUGUGCUGAAGCUAGGGGUACCCCAGAACACUCGACUGGUUCAGACUUUGCUGAGGGUCUGUCAGGAACGCCUCAAUGAAUUUGAUGACCGAUGUGUCUCUGUUGUGGCAACCACCUUGGUAACCAUGGAAAAAAGCAGAAAUGUGGAUGCUCUUCAAGCUGGAUUACAGUUACUGGUGGAGCAGCGAAUUCCAAAGAUCAGUAACAUUUUUAUGUUGCAAAGCAUGAUGAAAUGCUUUGGGAAAGAUGCCCCACUCUCUCUCAAGAGGAAAUUUGAGGAUAGAGUUUUGAAAGAGCUGGACCACUUGACUCCUGUGAAUGCUCAACACAUGUUUAGUGCUCUGGCUGCGAUGAAUUACUGCUCCAUGCCAAUCCUGGAUGCCUCGAGUAACAAAAUCACUGAGAAUAUCCCUGGUACUCCAUUUUGGCAGCUAAUCCGUGUUCUGAAAUCAUGCAGCAUCCUCCAGUACCGCAAUGUAGUUCUGUAUUCAGCAAUAGCAAACUACGUGACUUCAGCCAUCUACAUGUGGGACACUAAACAGAUUGUCCUGUUUUUGUCUGCCUUCGAGGGACUUCGCUUUCGACCUGUUGAGCUGAUGGAUAUUUUGGCUGAGAAGGUGACAAGUCAUCCUGAAUCUCUGAACCUGAAGGAUAUUCUAAGUGUUCUCCGCGUGUAUUCGCUUCUCAACCAUGUUCCCAAAUGCCAAAAUCAGGAGUUCCUGGAGUCUCUCAAUGGUGCCUUGAAUAAGUACCUCACCAGGAUUUCUAAUGUGGAUCUGCUGAAAGCAGUGUAUUCAUUUUGCAUUUUAGAGUAUUUGCCACAGCCUGCACUUAGUCAGCUCCUGCAAGAGGACAACCUCAAUGAGUUACUAAAAUCAGAUGGCCUUAACAAGGAACAGAAUGAAAUGAUGCUGCACUAUGUGAACAUAUGUCUGGAACUCGAUAGUCCUCCUUCAUUCACCAAGCCAGCAACUAUGUUUAUAAAGAAACUCUCCUCACCUUUAGUUUCUGAUCUCCCUGAGGUUCGUGAGGCUCUGCUGAAACUUCUGGGAGACGAGCGUAUGUUUCAGCAAAACAUCCAACUGCCACAUGAUUACAACAUUGAUUUUGAAAUCAAAAUGGAUGCAAACAGAAAGAAAGUGCUUCCAGUAACUGAAGUAGAUGAUCCUGCUGAUGCUCCAGAUAUUCAAAGAGUGGCUGUUCUCUGUGCUCCUCCGUCUGCUUUCUGUUUUGACACAAGACACCCCCGAGGCAAGUUGGCAAUGAAAAUGAGACAUCUGAAAGUGCUGGGCUAUCAUGUGAUACUGGUCCACUACCAGGAGUUUAAAAAACUGAAGAAAGAAGAAGCAAUUGAGUGUUUGAAGGGAGAAAUCUAUUCAGCUGAUGCUUUUCCUGUUUCUGAUGUGAAUUUGCAGGAUAAUAUUUAAAAUGGACUGGGAACUUCAGAACCCCUGCUAUUUUCCCGUCACAGCCAUUCACAAGAAGAGGGAAGCAUUUUCAUAUAUUCCUGAAAAAUGCCUCAAGACAUUGUACCCUGUAGAAAGUUCGUAAAUUCAACUAUAUUUACUGAAGAAGUUCUUUAGCAAUAGAAGCAGUUACUUGCUAAAGCUCCUUAAACAAUAAUUGACUUUAGAAAAAAAAAAAAAAAGGAAUGUUGAAAAUAUCUCUCAUCUAUUUUUUUUAAAUUACAUAUAGGCUACUCCAGUGGGCUAAACUUCUCAUGUGUUCUUGAACUGGGGAAGUGUGACAAUCUUUCAGAGCAGUUGGGAUCAUGACUGCUCUCACUGUAGUGAGAAUGGAACAACAUGCAUCAAUCUGUCAUUAGCUUUCAGUAAGAACUUCAGCCAGAAAAGCAGUAAAUAAUUAGUUAUUGACUGGAGUGGAAAAUUGAAACUCCCAAAUCUCUGGACAAGUUUGUAACUCAAAAAAUAAUAUUCUCGUCUCGUUUUCAGACGUCUGGGACAGCAAAUGAUUCUAUAUGCUCCAUGCUUUUUCUUCAGUCUGAAGCCUUUCCCCUGUUAUAAAGUGCUGAGACUCAUAGAUGUAAGAUCCUGUCCCUCGUAUAAACUGCCUUGUGAUGUC